AUGGAGGAGAGGACAGAGGGGGAGAGGACAGAGGAGAAGAGGACAGAGGGGGAGAGGACAGAGGAGGAGAGGACAGAGGAGGAGAGGACAAAGGAGGAGAGGACAAAGGAGGAGAGGACAGAGGGGGAGAGGACAGAGGGGGAGAGGACAGAGGGGGAGAGGACAGAGGAGGAGAGAACAGAGGGGGAGAGGACAGAGGGGGAGAGGACAGAGGGGGAGAGGACAGAGGAGGAGAGGACAGAGGGGGAGAGGACAGAGGGGGAGAGGACAGAGGGGGAGAGGACAGAGGAGGAGAGGACAAAGGAGGAGAGGACAGAGGGGGAGAGGACAGAGGAGGAGAGGACAGAGGGGGAGAGGACAGAGGGGGAGAGGACAGAGGGGGAGAGGACAGAGGAGGAGAGGACAAAGGAGGAGAGGACAAAGGAGGAGAGGACAGAGGGGGAGAGGACAGAGGGGGAGAGGACAGGAGGAGAGGACAAAGGAGGAGAGGACAAAGGAGGAGAGGACAGAGGGGGAGAGGACAGAGGGGGAGAGGACAGAGGGGGAGAGGACAGAGGGGGAGAGGACAGAGGGGGAGAGGACAGAGGGGGAGAGGACAGAGGAGGAGAGGACAAAGGAGGAGAGGACAAAGGAGGAGAGGACAGAGGGGGAGAGGACAAAGGAGGAGAGGACAGAGGGGGAGAGGACAGAGGGGGAGAGGACAGAGGAGGAGAGGACAAAGGAGGAGAGGACAAAGGAGGAGAGGACAGAGGGGGAGAGGACAGAGGGGGAGAGGACAGGAGGAGAGGACAAAGGAGGAGAGGACAAAGGAGGAGAGGACAGAGGGGGAGAGGACAGAGGAAGGAGGAGAGGACAAAGGAGGAGAGGAGAAAGGACGAGAGGACAGAGGAGGAGAGGACAGAGGAGGAGAGGACAAAGGAGGAGAGGACAGAGGGGGAGAGGACAGAGGAGGAGAGGACAAAGGAGGAGAGGAGAAAGGACGAGAGGACAGAGGAGGAGAGGACAGAGGAGGAGAGGACAGAGGAGGAGAGGACAGAGGAGGAGAGGACAGAGGAGGAGAGGACAGAGGAGGAGAGGACAAAGGAGGAGAGGACAGAGGGGGAGAGGACAGAGGAGGAGAGGACAGAGGAGGAGAGGACAGAGGAGGAGAGGACAGAGGAGGAGAGGACAGGAGGAGAGGAUGGAGGAGAGGACAGAGGAGGAGAGGACAGAGGAGGAGAGGAUGGAGGAGAGGACAGAGGGGGAGAGGACAAAGGAGGAGAGGACAGAGGAGGAGAGGACAGAGGAGGAGAGGACAAAGGAGGAGAGUAUAGAGGGGGAGAGGACAGAGGGGAGAGGACAGAGGAGGAGAGGAUGGAGGAGAGGACAGAGGAGGAGAGGACAGAGGAGGAGAGGACAGGAGGAGAGGAUGGAGGAGAGGACAGAGGAGGAGAGGACAGAGGGGAGAGGACAGAGGAGGAGAGGACAGAGGAGGAGAGGACAGAGGAGGAGAGGACAGAGGAGGAGAGGACAGAGGAGGAGAGGAGGAGGAGAGGACAGGAGGAGAGGAUGGAGGAGAGGACAGAGGAGGAGAGGACAGAGGAGGAGAGGACAAAGGAGGAGAGGACAGAGGAGGAGAGGACAAAGGAGGAGAGGACAGAGGAGGAGAGGACAGAGGAGGAGAGGAUGGAGGAGAGGACAGAGGAGGAGAGGACAAAGGAGGAGAGGACAGAGGAGGAGAGGAUGGAGGAGAGGACAGAGGAGGAGAGGACAGAGGAGGAGAGGACAGGAGGAGAGGAUGGAGGAGAGGACAGAGGAGGAGAGGACAAAGGAGGAGAGGACAGAGGAGGAGAGGACAGAGGAGGAGAGGGACAGGAGGAGAGGAUGGAGGAGAGGACAGAGGAGGAGAGGACAGAGGAGGAGAGGACAGAGGAGGAGAGGAUGGAGGAGAGGACAAAGGAGGAGAGGACAGAGGAGGAGAGGACAGAGGAGGAGAGGACAGAGGAGGAGAGGACAAAGGAGGAGAGGACAGAGGGGGAGAGGACAGAGGAGGAGAGGACAGAGGGGGAGAGGACAGAGGAGGAGAGGACAGAGGAGGAGAGGACAAAGGAGGAGAGGACAAAGGAGGAGAGGACAGAUGAGGAAAGGUCAGAGCAGAGGACAGGAGGAGAGGACUGGGGGAGAGGACAGAGAAGAGGAUAG